UACAUUUUUAAUGUACAAUAUUUUUUAUUUUAUUUUUUUUAACCAAACUUUGUAUAAAGAUCAUUCUCAAAUAUGGUAUAACAUAAUGAUUCAAUAUACUAUUUUUCUUUCUGCAAAAUGUGUGUUAAAUUACAAUUAAUGGGUUUUCUCAUUAUAUACAAUGUAUCUAUAAACUAAAUCUAAUUUGCAUAUUAAUGUGUUUUUGGGGCAACAUGUAAUGAAAAAAGAAGUGUAAUAAUGGGAGUAAUAAUUGUCAAGAUUUUCAUAAUAAUAUAUAAUAUUUCAUAGAAUAUUGAAAUAUAAUUUCUUUCUCUAUUCAUUUGUUAUGUCUCCAAAAAUGCGUCAUAAGCAUGCGUUUAGUCCCGGUGUCCUCAUCUGAGGACAUGUAUGAAAUCAAUGUCCUGUUUAGUAACAGAAAGUCAUAUUUUGAUUUGAAACCCCAUAACAUAUUUCUGAGAUAUUGAUUUAUGACACAGAAUUUAAAAAUUAGACAGAUUUAAAUGAUAACUACAAUAUAUUAUAGAAAUAUUAUCAUAUUUCUAUAAGAGUGUCACUAAAUUAAUUUCAGACAUUUUGAUGACCAAGGAGAGGGAGUGGUCAUGUGAAACAUCCAAUCAUUUGGUAUCUCUGAAAAGCCCUGAAUGUGCUCUGUACAGGACAUCCAGAUCUAAAACUGUGGCAUGAACACACUCAGAGAAAUUCACAAAAAUAUAAUGUCCUCAUAUGAGGCCACAGGGUCUCAAAAAUAAUAGAUCAAAUCAAUGUAAAUUGAGACAGGGUGGCUAAUUUUCGUUUGCAGUUCCAGGGGUUGAAACAAAAAGAAGAAAAAUCACACCACGAUGACUUUUCAUACUUUUUAAUUCUAUUGGAAGUCCGUUGGAUGAGGGUGAACUAUAAAUAUUUAAACAUUCCAGAAAGUUCUUACUAAACCCAGUGAUUAAAGCUUCAUAAUAAUGUUUUUCCUGACAUUAACGGAGAAUAAUUAUCCGUGCAAAGCUGCAGAGGAAAACGUUGGACUACAAUGUUGAGAGGAAAAUGAGGUGGAGUUGAGCAGAGGACAAACUCUUCUUUUUGCCAAUCAAAGGUCAAUGACAAACCUUAAUUUUCUUUCCAUGUGAAUAGAAUGAGAUGAUUACUAUUGCAUAAGGAACAGGAAUUCAACCAGUGACCCAGACAUGCUAAUGCAAACCAGAUGAGUGUGUGAAUUCAAAGACAUGUGUGUGAUGUAUUUAAUAUUUCCAGAACCUCAAAAGACCUUGUUUUAUUACACUGAAGUUUUUUAAUGAUCCAUAUGUGUUGGAAACAUGUGUAUGUUUCCACAAAUGUGCAUGGUGAAAUUGUGCUGGCAUUUUCCCUGAAAUUCCUUUGUGGGAGAUCUCCGAAGAUGGAAAAGAUCUGGGGUUUUUUCAUGUAACAAGCCGCAUCCUGCUAACAUGCGUGCAGCAGGACAUACUGAGAUUCUGUUUGUGUCUGCUUAGAAAUGUUUACGCUCACAAACAUUGUGGGUUUUCACGGUGUUCACUCAGUUCUAAUGUAGACUUUCGAAAGAAACAGACAUAGAGUUCUCUUUCAGAAAACAGCUUGUUUGGACUAAGAAAGGUUUCCCUUCUUCUAAACAGUUUUGACAGUUGUUUUAUUUUAGAAGACGAGUCAAAUACGUCCGUCUGAGCUGGCAGGCUCAUUGUGUGUACAUUCAGGAAUGGGAUGGAAGAAAGGCAUUGAGGGUGAAUGAGCAAGAGAGAAAGGGAGGGUGGGAGAGAGAAAGAGGGAGGGAGAAAUAAGCUGACCAAAGAAUUUUCCUUUUCUUUUUCUUUAUUUCUCUUCUCAGCUCACUGACCCAACUGCAGCUGCAAACGCAACAAGUACUAUUGCACAAUGUUUGGGCCUCUCCUGCUUGCCUGUCUGUUUCUACAUCUGGUUGUCUCUGUACCUCCACCGCCCUGCCGUCGAUGCUGUGAGCACCUCCCAGCACCAGAGGAGGCUGCGACCCUCAGAGAACGCAUGCCUGCGAUGCCCGAGGUCCGCACAUACAUCAACAUGACCAUUCUCAAAGGUGACAAAGGUGACCGUGGAGAAAGAGGGACACCUGGGAAGUCUGGGAUUGAGGGUUCACCAGGACCACGGGGGUCUGGAGGCCCCAAAGGAGAUAAGGGACAAGCCGGAGCUCCAGGAGACGCCUGCAAGUCCCAGCAUUCUGCUUUCUCAGUGGGCCGACGGAAGUCCCUUCACAGCAUUGACAACUACCAGGCCCUGAUCUUUGACACUAUCUUUGUGAACUCCCCCGAACACUUUGACAUGUUUGCCGGGAAAUACCGUUGCCAAAUCCCAGGAAUCUACUUCUUCAAUGUGAACAUCCACACGUGGAACUUCAAGGAGACGUACCUGCACAUCAUGCAGAACAACAGCGAGAAGGCCAUCGUCUACGCUCAGCCCAGCGACCGCUCCAUCAUGCAGAGCCAGAGCCUCAUGCUACCUCUGCAGGCAGGCGACAAUGUCUGGGUGCGUCUCUACAAACGUGAGCGUGAGAACGCCAUCUACAGCGAUGAUGUGGACAUUUACAUCACCUUUAACGGAUACCUCGUCAAACCAGAAACAGAGUGAGACCAGUAAUGGAGACAGGACAUGAAGUUUGAAAAUGUGUCAAAAUGCUUGAUUAGUGGAGCAGCUUUAACAAAACUGAAAAGCAUCCAAACAUUUCAUAUUAGAUUUCUACAGUCCAAAAAAAAAAAAAUCCUAAUGCAGAAUCCUAAUCCUAACGCAAAAAAAAGUUUCCCAGCAAAUGCCUUCUAUAGACUGGGAUUAGUUGUGUGAUUUUCAUGAUGAAACCUAUUGAAUUGUAGGCUGUGACUCAAGUUAAAAGUCAAGAUAAAUCUUGCGUUUGAGACAAAACCCAUUCAAACACUUUCAAUAUACAUUGAAAACUUGCGAUACACAUUGAAACUUGCGCAUACAUGUGAAUCACUUGAGCAUACAUGUGAGACACUCAUUUUUACAUGUUAGACACUUAUGCUUACAUGUGAGACACUUGCGCUUACAUGUGAGACACUUGCGCUUAGAUGUGAGACACUUGCGCUUACAUGUGAGACACUUGCGCUUACAUGUGAGACACUUGCGCUUACAUGUGAGACACUUGCGCUUACAUGUGAGACACUUGCGCUUAGAUGUGAGACACUUGCGCUUACAUGUGAGACGCUUGUGCUUACAUGUGAGACACUUGCGCAUACAUGUGAGACGCUUGUGCUUACAUGUGAGACACUUGCGCUUACAUGUGAGAUGCUUGCGCAUACAUGUGAGACACUUGCGCUUACAUGUUAGAAACUUGCGCAUACAUGUGAAUAACUUGCGCAUACAUGUGAAUAACUUGCGCAUACAGGUGAGACACUUGCGCAUACAUGUGAGACACUUACGCAUACAUGUGAGACACUUGCGCUUACAUGUGAGACACUUACGCAUACAUGUGAAUAACUUGCGCAUACAUGUGAAUAACUUGCGCAUACAGGUGAGACACUUGCGCUUACAUGUUAGAAACUUGCGCAUACAUGUGAAUAACUUGCGCAUACAUGUGAAUAACUUGCGCAUACAGGUGAGACACUUGCGCUUACAUGUGAGACACUUGCGCUUACAUGUGAGACACUUACGCAUACAUGUGAAUAACUUGCGCAUACAUGUGAGACACUUGUACAUACAUGUGAAUCACUUGCGCUUACAUGUGAGACACUUGUGCAUACAUGUGAAUCACUUGCGCAUACAUGUGAAUCACUUGUGCAUACAUGUGAGACACUUGCACAUACAUGUGAGACACUAGUGCAUACAUGUGAAUCACUUGCGCAUACAUGUGAGACACUUGCGCAUACAUGUGAAUCACUUGUGCAUACAUGUGAGACACUUGCGCAUACAUGUGAAUCACUUGUGCAUACAUGUGAGACACUUGCACAUACAUGUGAGACACUAGUGCAUACAUGUGAAUCACUUGCGCAUACAUGUGAAUCACCUGUGCAUACAUUUGAGACACUUGUACCUGCACAAAGAAUGCACUUUCAAACAUUCUCGCGUGUGAGAGAGAAUAAACAUUUUUAGUGUGUCCGGAAGUCAUUUCAUUGCAACCAGAAGUUUAAUUCAUUUGGAAAAAGAAGUACAGUUUAUGCAAUGAGUUUCAAUGUAACCGCAUGUCUUUCAUAUAUAUGCACAGAGGGUUUCACAUGUACGUGCAAGUGAUUCACAUGUAUGCAAGUUCUCAGUGUGUAUCGCAAGUUUUCAGUGUGUAUCUUAAGUUUUCAAUGUGUAUCGCAAGUUUUCAAAGUGCAUCGCAAGAACAAUAUGUCUUGCGAUACACUUUGAAAUAUACAUAUUUGUAUUGCAAGUCUUUCAAUUGGUUUAGUCUCAAACGGCCUCCAAUAGGUUUCCGCAUACCAGUGUUCCUUCUUUUUUAGCCUCUAUGGUAUUUAAACUUUAGCAUCAUGUUGCGUUGAUCAAUACGUUGUUUCAUGUUUAAUUUUUAUUGGCUAUUCUGUAGACAUAAGUCGUAGCAGCAAACACAUUGUGAGAUGCUCUGACACUGUCAGAAAAUUUUCGCGGGCUAUCUUUGGUUGCAAGACCAUGACAGAAGCCAUCUUUGAGCCUCUCUCACAGAAAAGUACCACAAUUUAUGAGCCAUGACCAAAGAAAUCACCACGACUGUUUCAUGUUGGACAUCCUCCAUAUGGGACAGCCAAAAAAUUGUGCAGUGCAUACCAGGCAUUACAGGGAACUUUCCCAAAACUUUGGCUAAUGUUUUGGCAAGAUUCUUUCAAUGUUCUGUAACAUUAAUUUAACGUCUGAACAUUGAGUGGGGAACUCAUUAGAGAAUGCCCGUAAAAUGUCUCAGAGCAAAGGUAAAUAUGACCGCAACAUUCAGUUCUUAACUGAUGGAUCAUGAGCCAAAAAUUAGCUGCAGGUCUGUUUUGUUGGUUUGUUGCUAGAAACAUAAAAAAGGAGGAGAAAACACCCAGAUCUUUUGUGGUUGACAUCAAAAUCUAUGCGUCCAAACUAUCUAGUAUCUAUCUAUACAUACUGUACAGUAGUUUGGUGUGAUUUUAUUUCAUGUGGAAUCUAGUCAAAUUAGGCAGACGUCAACAUGGUCAGGUUGUGUGAGGUGAUAUAAUCUUCAAAAAACAAUUGAACUGUGUGCAAAGCAAAAUAAAAUGUGUACAUCAGAGUACUACAAGGUACAUCAGAUUUGUGGUUGGGUGCUGACCAAUUUCAUGGUGAUAUUAUCAAAACUGUUUGACUUCAGUGACCUUUCUGCUUACUGUUGGACGAUAAACGGUUCUGACCUCCAGAUCUUAAAUGAAACCAGUUGAGAACCACUGAUGUAGCGCAGAUAUUUAGGUCUGUGUUUAGGCAGGGUCUUCUUAAAGUCCAUCAGCAGCACCUGGGAAGUGGUGGCUGGUUUAUGUUAGGAGUGAUAGGAUGUUUACAUGGUGUGACAGACUACCUAAACCUGCUGCUGGUGCCUUCAAACAUCGACAGGCCGCUGGAGUCAUAGCAAACCAAGUUCACUUUGAAGCAUGUGCUUGCCACAGUGUUGUAGGCCAAUGCUAACUAGCAAAUGUUGGUUUUAAAUGGGCCAGGUCCUGAGAAGAUGUGCUUUGAGUGUAUAUGUGGUUGUGUCUGGCUCUGUUUAUCGGAGGAGGGGGCUUUUUGUUGCUGUUAAACAGGAUGUAUGUGGCUUUCCUUUUUCAGUAGCAAGAAUCCACUUGAUAGACUUACAUCUUAGAUAUAUAGACAGGGAGAGUGAGAUUAAAUGCCCUGAAACCACAAGGCACCAAUCUCUGCCCCAAUCGAUGACUUAAAAGACUCUUCAAUAAAAGCAUUUUUUUUCUUAAAACCACUUCCGUCUGGACUGCAGAAUCUGAAUCUCAGGAAUGUAGAGAUUAUACAAUAUUAACAAGUAAAGAAAUGAUGCUGAGAAACAACAACAACAACAACAAAAAUCUGGUUGCAUUGUUACUAAUGAAUCAGGUGCUAAAAAUGAUUUGUAAGUUGAACACAUCAGGUGCUAUAUGUUACAUACUUGACAGUCAUUUGAAAAGGUUUUGGGUUUUAACUCAAUGGUGCUUAAUGUUAAUGUACUGUGUGGAUGUCUAGCAUUCCUUUAAUAAUUUUAUAUGCCACAAUAAAGGCUUCAUUUCACUGA